AUGAAUGUUCUAGAGACAUGGAAUGUGUCUGUUGGAGGAGUACUGCUGGUAAUCCUGUGCACUUACAUCCUUGGUGGAAAGCUAUUGCGAUUGUACCUGUUUGAUUCCUCAAACUCAUUUCUGCGUCAUCGACCAGUUGUUCAAGUGGUUGUGUUGGGUGACAUUGGAAGAUCUCCAAGGAUGCGUUCUCAUGCUGUGCAAUUAGCUGAUGCAGGAUGCAUAGUAGAUCUUAUUGGUUAUGUUGAAACACAUCCUACUAGUCGUAUUACAACCCAUAGAUCUAUUCGUGUCCGUCGCCUACGUCCUGCUUUUAGUUUACCUGAAAAGUUCCCAAAGUUGAUUUAUAUUCUAUGGGCACCUUUCAAGGCAAUCUGGAUAGCUCUUCAAUUGGCUUGGGUUAUGAAUUGUAUUACACAAACUCCUGAAUACAUCUUUAUACAAAAUCCACCGGCUAUUCCGACAUUGGCUAUUGCUCGCUGGACAUCAUGUUUACGUGGUGCGAAACUUGUGAUUGAUUGGCACAACUUUGGCUAUUCUAUUCUAAAAGUCAAGUUGGGCCAAUCAUGGAUAGUACGGAUUGCUCAACGAUACGAACAGUACUUUGGAAACACUGCCUAUUGUCAUCUGACAGUGACCGAUCGAAUGCAUAAAGAACUUACAAACUGGAACGUCAAAGGCAAAAUUGUCACAUUCAAAGAUAGUCCUCCUUAUCAUUUCAAACGCUUGUCGACUAAAGAAGUACACGACUUUUUUGUUGGAUUUAGACUUCAGGAUAUUGUCAAAAAAGAAACUCUUGAUGCCAAUGAAUUCCUCGGACGCCAACCAUAUUCUCCAAAUGAGACUCUGAUGACACUCAAUGGAAACGAAUGUGUGUCUAGACAGGACCGACCAAAACUUAUUGUGUCCUCGACUUCAUGGACAGAAGACGAGGAUUUCGGAUUGCUUCUGAAGGCUGUCGAGAUCUAUGAGGAAAAGGCCAAAAAAGACAAGGGCUAUCCGAAAUUACUGUUCGUGAUUACCGGAAAGGGACCGCUGAAGAGUGUGUACGAAGAACGGAUAUCUCGCAUGAAACUCCAAAAGACGCGUGUUGUUACUGUCUGGCUGGAAUCGAAUGAUUACCCUCUGUUGCUUGGAAGUGCAGACCUCGGUAUCUCGCUCCACACUAGUUCGAGUGGCAUGGAUUUGCCGAUGAAAGUGGUUGAUAUGUUUGGAUGUGGAUUGCCAGUUUGUGCAGUAGAUUUUGAAUGUCUCCAUGAGCUUGUUGAAGAUGGCAAGAACGGACUAGUAUUUCAAACCGGAGAAGAGCUAGCCGAGAAAUUAGAGGUAUGA